GCUCAACGCGAUUGUGACGUCAUCACCGCGCGCCUUUGUAUCUUGCAGGACACUUAGUUGCCAUACCUGGGAACUAUGCCAAAAGUAGUAUCGCGCUCGGUGGUCUGCUCUGACACCCGGGAUAGGGAGGAGUAUGAUGACGGCGAGAAACCCCUCCACGUCUACUACUGCUUGUGCGGUCAGAUGGUCUUAGUGCUGGAUUGUCAGUUGGAGAAAUUGCCCAUGAGGCCCCGGGAUCGGUCACGGGUGAUUGAUGGAGUCAAACAUGCCCACAAGUUCUGCAACACAGAAGAUGAGGAGACAACUUAUCUUCGCCGGCCCGAAGGCAUUGAGCGGCAGUACCGGAAGAAGUGUGCAAAGUGCGGUCUGCCUCUCUUCUACCAGACACAACCGAAGAAUGCAGCUGUGACCUUCAUCGUUGAUGGAGCGGUAGUCAAGUUUGGUCAGGGUUUUGGGAAAACGAAUAUAUAUACUCAGAAACAGGAGCCACCGAAGAAGGUGAUGAUGACCAAACGGACCAAAGACAUGGGCAAGUUCAGCUCUGUUACUGUGUCUACUAUUGACGAAGAGGAAGAGGAGAUUGAGGCUCGGGAAGUUGCCGAUUCUUAUGCACAGAAUGCCAAAGUGAUUGAAAAGCAGCUGGAGCGGAAAGGCAUGAGCAAGAGGCGUUUGCAAGAGCUGGCUGAAUUGGAGGCCAAGAAAGCCAAAAUGAAGGGGACACUGAUUGAUAACCAGUUCAAGUGACCAAGACCUUGCUUUGAGGUGGAUAGAAGCAUUUCCAGCAAGAAGAAAAGAGAUUUGUAUGAUUUUUAUUUCCUCUUUUUUAUUUUAAAGAAUUGUCAUUUUCCGGGGGCUGGAGCACAGGGGGUAGGGCGUUUGCCUUGCAUGCAGUUGAGCCGGGUUUGAUCCCUGGCAUCCCAUAUGGUCCCCCAAGCAUCGCCAGGAGUAAUUCCUGAGUGCAGAGCCAGGAGUAAUCCCUGAGCAUCGCUGGGUGUGGCCCAAAAAAGAAAGGAAAAAAAAAAGAAUUGUCAUUUUCCUGCCUCCGUGGACUGCUCCUCCUAUUUAUGCCCCAGCAGAAGGCUCUGUGGGGCUUCUGAUGUGCCUACAUGCAGUAGGGCCCGUGAGGCCACCUGAUCUGCUUUUUAGAGAUUUGAGCUUUUGGAAGCAUUUCUGUAUAUGUUUGCUUUGCGUUUUAUUGGAUUCCUGUGAUGUAAGCUUCUUAAGCUGUAUAAACACUUUGAACAUA